AUGUUCCAAAUCGGAAGCAGCGGUAUGCGCAUUUCUGUAAUUGAUGUUGGAUGUAUGAGUUUUGGAGAACCUGCCAGCCCCCUACGUGUGCUUAAUCACUGCUAUGAAUCCGGUCUCAACUUCUUCGACACCGCAAAUGUCUACUGGCCAGUCCGAAAAGAUUCCUGGCAAGGCGAUCAAGACAUACAACUGGAACCUGGGAAGAUCCUCAUUGCCGCGAAGCUGAAUGCACCCAUUGGGAAUGAUGUUAGUCGGAUGAUUACCGAUGAUGAGAAAGACAACGUCGGCUAUCAACCAUCAUGGGCUAAGCCGGAAGCACAUCUUUGA